UGGUUUGGGCAGCAGAUGGUGGGAGGGGCGGCGUGCGUAAAUGGAGGGAGUGGAGUCAGACCACUGAGCUACCUCAUCCACACGUGCGCCCCUGAGACUUUAUCCAACCCCCGAGGUCAAUGUGGGAGGUAAAGAGACCUUCCGCUACGCACGGCCCCCCUCGACCCGGAAACACAAUCUUUUAAAAAACUAUUCACACUCUGGAGGGGCGGGAGGAAUUGACGUGUCCGGAAGACUGGACGGCUUCUAGUGUUGCUAAGCGACGAGGCGGGGGAGUAAACGCAUUCACCGGCCGCGGGGGGGAACCUGAGGAAUCAGUGGCUGCAGCUGCUCGGAGAUAGACCGAGUCGGCGCGCCGCGCCCUCCCGGGUCCUCCUUCCCUAGCCAGGGGACCCUGCGCCCCAGGGAGUGUCCGGCGACGAAGUGAGGGGUUUGCGGGACGCCCCGUCCGAGGCUCCGGAGCCACGCGUCUUCCCCACUCCGGAGGCAGGACAGAGAUUCCUUCUGCCAUCAGAUGUCUUUCUGCUUGACUGAACUGCACCUGUGGUCUUUGAAGAAUACCUUACACAUUGGCGAUAGAGAUAUUGGGAUAUACCAGUAUUAUGACAAGAAAGAUCAACCAGUAUCAGCGACAGAGCAUGGUAACUUAGAAGCAAAGCAGAAACUGGCAGAAUCACGAGAUUAUCCGUGGACUCUCAAAAACAGACGCCCAGAAAAACUUCGAGACUCACUCAAGGAGUUGGAGCUCCUUUUUGGUUCAGGUGUGCUGGUGUCCCUAAGCCUUUCUGGGUCGCAGCUGGAGAAAGUGGUGAUUGACAGAAGCCUGGUGGGGAAGCUCAUCUCAGACACCAUCAGUGAUGCUCUUCUCACAGACAGCUUUAUCAUCUUAUCAUUUUUGGCACAAAACAAACUAUGUUUUAUUCAGUUUACCAAGAAGAUGGGUUCUCCUGAUGUAAACAAAAGAUUGGAAAAACUCUCAGCUUUGGAUUAUAAGAUUUCCUAUUAUGACAUGCCUGGCCCAGUAAACAGGACAACAGAGCGUCGGCUAGCCAUCAGUAGUGCCCAGGAUACAGUUGUUUGCUGGUGGCCACUGGUCAGUGAUGAUGCUUGGCCAUGGGCCCCCAUCUCUUCUGAGAAGGACAGGGCCAAUUUGCUGCUCCUGGGUUAUGCUCAAGGAAGACUGGAGAUUCUGAGUUCUGUCCGCACGGAAUGGGAUCCACUGGAUGUUCGUUUUAGCACCAAACAGACUUACCAGGUGUUGACAGUGGAGCGCUCCAUCAGUGCAGACAAAGAGCCCAUGGCUGACAGCUGCAUCUAUGAAUGUGUUCGGAACAAAAUCCAGUGUGUCUCGGUCACCAGAAUACCACUAAGAUCGAAGGCCAUUAGCUGCUGCAGGAAUGUUACUGAGGACAAACUGAUUCUGGGCUGUGAAGAUUCCUCCGUAAUUCUUUAUGAAACUCACCGUAGAGUGACUCUCUUAGCCCAGGCUGAACUCUUGCCUUCAUUAAUAAGCUGCCACCCAAGUGGCACCAUUCUGCUAGUUGGCAGCAUCCAAGGAGAGCUGCAAAUUUUUGAUAUGGCUCUCUCCCCUAUUAACAUCCAGCUCUUGGCUGAAGACCGCUCACCCAGGGAGACUCUGCAGUUCAAUACAUUUUUCAAUGUUCCCAGCAGUCUUGUUGAAAUGCAGUGGGUAGCUCCACAGGCUGCUUCUCAGAAGCCCGAAAGUGGGGACAUCUGUGAUCUCCUCUUCCUCAGGUUCAACAGAGGCCCUUUGGGUGUUCUUUUGUUUAAACUUGGUAUCUUCACUCGAGGACAGCUGGGCCUGGUAGACGUCAUCUCCCAGUACAUUCACUAUGACGAGGUCUGUGAGGCGAUAAGCAUGCUGAGCAGCAUGGACUGGGACACGCUGGGCCACCAGUGCUUCGUCAGCAUGAGUGCCAUUGUGAACCACCUUCUCAGACAAAAACUGACUCCAGAGAGAGAAGCACAGCUUGAGGCAAGCCUUGGAACCUUCUAUGCUCCAACAAGACCACUCCUGGACACAACUGUAUUGGAAUAUAGAGACCAAGUCAUCAAAUAUGCAAGGAGAUUCUUCCACCACUUGCUCAGGUACCAGAGAUUUGAAAAGGCAUUUCUGUUAGCUGUUGACAUUGGUGCCCGAGACCUGUUUAUGGACAUCCAUUACCUUGCACUAGAUAAGGGUGAAUUGGCACUAGCUGAAGUGGCAAGAAAAAGAGCUCGAGACAUUGAUGCAGAAUCAAUAACCUCUGGAGUAGAACUCCUGGGGCCUUUAGACAGAGGGGAUAUGCUAAGUGAAGCAUUUGUUGGCCUAUCUUUAACACGCCAAGGAGAAGACACAUUUCCAGAACACCUCUCUCCCUUUUCUUCAAUCCACAGACAUAUUAAUCAACAAAGAACACUGAAUGUCUCUUCUAGCAGACAAGUAUUUGACAGAAGGAAUGAACUUGAAAAAGACACCUGUGCUGAAUCUUUGAUGGAAGGAGAAAUAAGAGAAGACUGCAUAGGACAGGAAAUUGGAGAUGGUGGUUCUCUAAGAAUGGUUCACUUUGGUUUGGUGUAAAUAAUAUGAAAUUUGUGUUUUACUGACUAAAAACCUCCCUGUAUGGAGUAAAAAGAGGAAAGACAGUAUAAAUUGGUUAAGAGUUUAAAUUCAGUGUUUUCAAAGUAAAGUUUUAUUCACUUCAAAAACAUGUAGCAUAAUAGCAAAUUAUCCUAAUUAAAGUGUUAAAGUGCUUAAUUUAUUUUCAAUAAUGUAAAAUGUUGGAAAGUUCUUAAAUUAUGCAUUAUUUGGUGCUGCAAAAGUAGAAUAUUUAAACUUAGUUCUUCUAAGUAUUUUAAACAUUUGCUCUUGUGAUCUUGUUUACAUCAUUACUUUGCAUCACAAAUAAAGUUUUAAGCAAAAAUUUCAGCUCAGACCCAUUGUUGAGAGACAGUUUUCCAUGGGUUUCUUGAGUUAUUGCUGAGGCACUGACUCCCCUUGGAACAAAUUCUGUCCCCUGUUGAGCAAAGGGCAAGCAAGCUCACCGCCAGUGAUAAAAGACAGGAACUCCCAGGUUCAGAAUUCCUAUCCUUUACACAGCCCAUUGAGUGUGAAGACGGCAUCUACGCCUCUCUGCAUCUACCCCUCUCUACCUCACCCAGUAGGAAUGGUGCCCGGGAAAUCAGGGCGCCCCCUCUCCCCACAGAAAACUGAUACCUUAGGUCAGUGAUGGCAAACCUAUGACACGCGUGUCAGAGGUGACACGCGAACUCAUUUUUU